AUUUAACCAGUGGCAGCGAGCGCAAGACGAUUUUUUUUUCACCCGUGAAGAAGGACUACUUCAAGCAUGAUCCUGCGCGAGCAUAAAAGAUCAGAUAAACCAUUACAACAGACACGCUACUAUCUAAAAAUUGCCCAAAGGAAUACCAACUGUGGCCGUCAGCUGAGGGACAAGGUUGCAGACAGCAGAGAUCAGAGAAAGGGGUGUCAGAAGAAAGUCCAGCCUAAGCCACAAAAAAGGGUCAAAAAGAGGUCCAUUAAUCUGGAAGAAGAAAACAAUCCUCCGCGGAAAAGACCAAAACGACAGAGAACUAAAGCGAAAUCUCAACCCUCCAAUUCACCUAAUCAAUCUGCUAAAGAAUGUCUAGACGAUGUGUAUGAGGAGGGCAACCUGCUGGGUGGAGGAUCAUUUGGACAAGUGUUUGCUGGGUUACGCAAAGCAGAUGGAUUGCCGGUCGCAAUCAAAUAUGUCUCCAAACAGAAAUUAGAUGAACAACUGGACAUGACAGGAUGUGGUUCGGUGCCUAUUGAGGUAGCCUUGAUGAUCAUUGCAAACAAAGGACCAUCCUGUUCAAAAAUACUGCAGAUGCUGGAUUGGUAUGAUGAACCAGAACAGUACAUCAUGAUCCUGGAACGUCCUGACCCAUGCAAGGACCUGGAUGAGUUCUGCAAGGAGCAUGGUGGAUCCCUGCCUGAGACUCUGGCUUGUAAUAUAUUGUUACAGUUAAUAGAUGCGCUGAAGCAUUGUAAGAGGCGUGCUAUACUGCAUCGUGAUGUCAAGCCAGAAAACAUUCUGAUUCAGACAGACACUCUUGAAAUCAAGUUGUUUGACUUUGGUUGUGGAGACCUCAUUAAAGACUCUUAUGACUACUUUGGAGGCACACUUCUAUAUACCCCACCUGAGUGGUUUACACAGGAGCAGUAUCUGGCAGGGCCAGGUACCAUCUGGUCUGUGGGCGUGACGCUGUACAGGCUGGUGUGUGGCUCUCUGCCUUUUAAUAGCAGGAGAGACAUAAAAAAAAGUCAUCUGUUCUUCACCAAAACUCUGUCUGAGGAGUGCACCAAUCUGAUUCGGUGGUGUCUGAGUCCGAAAGCAGCAGAUCGUCCCACAUUGGAGAUGGUAGAGGCUCAUGAUUGGUUUCACCAACCAGGAUUGGCACUAAAACUGGACAGGAAGCAGGGAAGGCUGCACUGAAAUACAGUGGGGCAAAAAAGUAUUUAGUCAGCCACCAAUUGUGCAAGUUCUCCCACUUAAAAAGAUGAGAGAGACCUGUAAUCAUCAUAAGUAUACCUCAACUAUAAGGGUCAAAAUAAGAAAAAAAAUCACAUUUUAGGAUUUUAAAUUGGUAAAUUCCUCUGUAAAAUAAGUAUUUGGUCAACUACACACAAUCAAGAUUUCUGUCUCUCACAGACCUGUAACUUCUUCUUUAAGAGGCUCCUCUUUCCUCCACUCGUUACCUGUAUUAAUGGCAUCUGUUUGAACUUGUUAUCAGUAAUAAAAAAAAAAAGACACCUGUCUACAACCUCAAACAGUCACACUAUAAACUCCACUAUGGCCAAGACCAAGGAGCUGUCAAAGGACACCAGAAACAAAAUUGUAGACCUCCACCAGGCUGGGAAGGUUAAAUCUGCAAUAGGUAAGCAGCUUGGUGUGUAGAAAUUAACUGUGGGAGCCAUUAUUAGAAAAAGAAAGACCACUGAUAAUCUCUCUUGCUCCACGCAAUAUCUCACCUCGUGGGGUCAAAAUGAUCACAAGAACUGUGAGCAAAAAUCCCAGAACUUGCACAAUUGGUGGCUGACUAAAUACUUAUUUGCCCCACUGUACAUCUGAAGACUUGAA